AUGGCUCCCAACGCAAGCACAAAGCCUAACCAACGCAAACGUCGCAGUGCAGACUCGACACCACCACCACCGCGGCGACAACCACCGCGCCUUCUUCCUGGGUCGCCAAAGGCAAGAUGGGGUGUUAACGGUAACGUUACAAAUGCAGCGGACCUGAGUGAGGCUACACUCGCUCUCGCCCAGGGUAUGCCUCGGGUUCUGCCAACCAUGCCGGCUCCUGGUCAGUUGGUCAUCCCUACCCGAGGAGAGCAUGUGGACCGACCACAUGUAGCGACAAAUGUGCAGUCUGGUCGUAGGGCUGCACCCAGGAAUGACGUGCGCAGCCAGCGAUAUGCUCCAUAUUCGCGUGCACCUCCAACUCAUUUUGCUGCCCAUCUCGGAGCGGAAUAUGCGCCGCCUGCUGAUACGGCACCUCCUCCCUCUUUUUCUGCCCGUCCAGGAGCAGGAUACACGUCGCAUGCUGUUCCGGCACCAGCCUCGCGUAUGAACUUCGUGCAGCCGCAGCAGCAAUAUCAGCAAUACCAGCAUUACCCGCAACACCAGUUUGGUAAUGCCUUCCCUGAAACCGAUCUGAUGAGGUUUCCUUCGAACUCAAGUCAGGGUACUUUGGGCCAUGGCAUUUCGAAUGCUGUGGGACAUCAGCCUUCAAGUAAUAACUUCGAUGAAGAUGCCUUGCGAGCUGAGGACUUUGAGGAAGCUGGACUGAACUUGGACGCAGUCCAGAGUGAGGCUUUGAAUCUAUCCUGGGAUAUGGCUCCUGUCGGACCGGCGAACGGAUGGUACACCCUCGAUCAGAUGGCUUCCCGUCCAAUCUUCUACCAGAUGGAGCCUCCCAUUUCUGCUCCUCCACCUACCCCUGCACCUGCUGCUAUAUACCAGCCUCAUGGUCACUAUGGGGUUCCCGAUCAACGUCCCCUUCCAGAACCCACCUUUGCCAACUACAUUCCCGCUGGGACUUACCAAAGUCCAUAUGCGCCGAUCAUGUAUGCUCCACAGCAUGCGCAUUUCCAUCCGCAACAGCAACCGCAGCCGAUGUACGCGCCAGGCUCCAUCAACAACAUCGUCAUACCGCAGCCGGGCUCGAUGUAUGCGCAAAACCUCGUCAAUAAUUUCCCGCCACAACAGCAUCAACCCACCAUGUAUGCGCAACCAUACCAGCGCCAGCCCACCGCGCAACAACCCCAGGCCAACUACCCUGUUGCCGACUACAACCCACCUGCGGCUUACGCAGGACCUUCCUCGCGACAGCCAGGAAACUACAACGGCAGCACUGGGCAGGCGCAACAGUUGGAUGCGGGAUCGAGGCGGAGACGGUCAAGCUUGUACCUCACCACUGAGGAAUGGGUUGAGGCACAACGAAGGCAGCAUCCUUCCGGCGAAUGA